AUGGGGCUUCCACGGGAGGGCGGCAAUGGCGGCGACGGCGAGGCCCGCCGGGAUGCCGGCGGCGCGAGCGAGGAGAGGGCGUCGUCGUCCUCGGACGCGUCGUCCUCCUACGGCGAGCGCGAGAGCUCGAGGAAGCGGCCGUCGUCGGCGGAGGAUGGCGGCGGCGCCGGCGAGCCCGGGCGCAUCCCGGCGGCGGUGUUCGAGCGGGAUCCGGCGGAGCCGAACAAGGACUGGAGCAUGAUGUCGACGGACUCGGUGUUCGCGCUCCAGGUGGCGCCGUCCAGCGACUUCACCGGCUUCUUCCUCGCGCACCCGGAGCUCAUGGACCUCGCCGCCUCGACGACGCCGCGCGCCAGCUCCGUCGCCGCCGCCGACGAGCGCGCGCACUCCACGCAGUUCGACAGCAUCCCGGAGCUCGGCGAGGCCACCAUGCAACUGCAAGGCCACUACUCCUUCGCCUUCCCCACUUUGAUAGAGGUCAAGAGGCACAGUUCCAAGAACCCCCAGGAGGUGCACCCCAUGGCGGCGCCGACGACGAUGGUGGCGGUGGCGGCGGCAGCAGAGCCGGCGCCGGCGCCGGCGAAGGCAGAGAUGAGCAGCAAGCCGGAGGAAGCUCCGAGGAAAGUGGCAUCAAAGGGAGGCUGGUUGCCAUGCUUCCCUUGCUGCUAAUCCUGCAAUGAUCAUUGUGCCAUGGAGACCAUGAAGAAUUCAAAGCAUUUGGGUAUCUUGUUCCUAUGCAGCUGAAUGCUGGUGUGUGGAUGUAAUUCAAGAGGAAUCAGUUGUGGUUGAAAUUGUACAUGCAUUUUUGAGGAAUUUUAUACUGUAAAUAUUUGAAUACAUGUUGUCUGAAUGAAAAUUCAUACAUGAAGAACCCAGGGGUUAUGUUUUC